AAAAAAAUAGGAAAAGUUUCAAGCACGUUUUGUUGCAUUUCAUUUGUAAACUUCGUCCAAACAAUACAAAUCGAAUGCAAAAUCAAUUCCAAGAUGAGCUGCAGCAAGCCAAUUUGCAAAUAUUUCCUCAAAGAUUGCUGCUUAUUCGGAAACGACUGUCGCAACCUGCAUCCACCAUCCAUCCUGUUAACUCGGCUGUCUCAAGAAGAAAACAGGGAAAUGCUUUCGAAAACGUGUGGCAUUUGUUACGAGGUGAUAAUGGAAAAGCCCUACAAGUAUCGGACAUUUGGAAUUUUGCCCAAUUGUUCACAUUGUUAUUGCUUUUAUUGUCUGCAACAAUGGAGGCGUACCAGCGAUUUCCCUUUGCCAGUUACCUUAGGCUGUCCCGAAUGCCGAACCAUUUCCGACUUUGUAUAUUCGAGCCGAAACUGGUACGAAAAUGAGGAGAAAAAGGCAGCUUUUAUUGGCUUCAAAAAUGUGCAAAUGAAAGAGAUUGAGUGCAGAUUCUUCAGAAGAGGAGAAGGGAUUUGUUAUUUGGGUGAGGAUUGUCAUUUCUCCCAUGCCUUAUUACCAAGAGAACAAGGAGUUGCUCAGCAGGAACCUUUACCACCAAUUCAACGUGAGAGAAACCAAGUUGGGGAUAACUUGGUUAAUUUGCCGAUGGGAUAUUAUUAUUAUUUACCCAUACAUAUUAUGAUAACUAUUCAUUGGCCUAUCGUUGUGCUGUUUUAA